CGAAAAACUACAUUAACAUAACUUGUUUAAUAAAUAACAAUUAUUAUAUUUGAAACGACGGGUUAUGUAACUGUUGUAGCUAAUCUUAGAAUUGGAGUUUCCUUAAAGAUUAAUUAUCUUGACGAUGUUUUUUUGCCUGGCGUUAAGCGACGAUGCCGUAUAUGAUGGAACACGUAUGUUUUAAUGGAAUAUAUCAUACAAUGUAAACAAAAACAAUAGGUGUUUUAAUGAUACAUUUACAUAACAUACAACAACAUAUAACAACGCCACGACUGGCAUUUCCUCGAGGAACAUAGAAUUGGUAAGAUUCAAAAAUGUUUUUUUUUCACAAAAGCCUAGUCUCCGAUAUAAGUUGAAGUGGUACGUUUGCAAGAGUUGCAGCAGUAAGCUCAGUGGGUGCGUGUGUGUGGGGUGCGGGCGCGUGUCGUGUGCCGCGAUAUAUACGGCGGGCGGGCGCCGGCGCGGCCAGUGUGCCGCUCCUCGCACAGCCAUGACGACGCUCGCCCCGUACAUGUUCGCGCUCCUGCUGCUCCUGCCCGCGUGUACUGGCCACGUGUUUCCCUCGGAGCGAUGUCGAGUGAGCGCGCGCAUCGAGUCGGGGACCGUGUGUGGCGUGGAACGAAUAGCCGAUGGGGACGUCAAGUAUGCCAGCUUCAGAGGAGUACCUUACGCUAAGCAACCAUUGGGAGAACUGAGGUUUAAGGAGUUAGAACCAGCAGAUAAAUGGGACUACUACUACGCGACUGACGAAGGGCCGGUGUGUUACCAACAUGACGUCGUGUACGGACGGCUCAUGCGGCCGCAGGGGAUGAGCGAGUCCUGCAUUCACGCCAACAUCCACGUCCCCAUGGAAGCUCUCCCAGAGCAACAUCCUGACGUCACUCUGCCUGGCCUACCGAUCCUCGUGUUCAUACAUGGAGGAGGGUUCGGAUUCGGUUCUGGUGAUGCGGAUCUACACGGGCCGGAGUAUCUGGUCAGCAAGAAAGUCAUCGUCAUCACGUUUAAUUACAGGUUGAACGUGUUCGGCUUUUUAUCAAUGAACACGACGGCGAUCCCAGGUAAUGCUGGUCUGCGGGACCAGGUGACGCUACUGCGCUGGGUGCAGAGGAACGCGAAGGCAUUUGGAGGAGACCCCAGAGAAGUGACGUUGGCUGGCCAGAGCGCCGGAGCUGCGGCAGCACAUCUACUCAGCUUGUCCCCAGCUGCGGAAGGGUUAUUUAGAAGAGCUAUAUUAAUGAGCGGAACAGCAACGAGUUCUUUCUUCAGUUCCUCUCCUGCGUAUGCGCAACAUAUUAAAAACAUAUAUUUGCAAUUCUUGGGCAUUACCUCUACUGACACAGAGGACAUACAACGCCAGCUCAUCGAACUACCCGCCGAGAGACUGAACGACGCUAACACCAAACUCAUAGAUCAGAUGGGACUAGUGACCUUCGGCCCCACCGUGGAGUCACCCCUGCCGGGAGUCACCACCAUCAUAGAUGACGACCCGGAGGCCUUGCUUAGCAAAGGACGAGGGAAAAAUAUUCCUCUCAUAGUAGGUUACACGAACUCUGAAUGUGAAACCUUCCGCAAUCGAUUUGAAGCAUUUGACCUUAUCACGAAGAUUGCAUCCCAUAAUUUUCUUGUAGUUCCACCAAAACUAUUGUUCACGACUCCACCGGAAUCAUGGUCGAAUUUGGUAUCAAGAAUGCUCGGAAGAUACUCUGACGGUAGAAUGAAUAUGGAUGGAUUUGUAAAAUCAUGUACGGAGGGCUUCUACGAAUAUCCCGCGUUAAAGCUGGUACAAAAACGUGCAGAACUGGACGGCGCUCCAGUGUUCCUGUAUCAGUUUACAUUUGAAAGUCCGACCAGCAUCAUCAAGGAAGUCACGGGCUUAAGUUACGCAGGGGCAGCCCAUAUUGAAGACCUGACGUACGUGUUCAAAGCAAACUCAGUGCUCGAGGGACGGGAAGGGGCCCCCAGAGCUUGGAAGACUUACGAAUGAAGAAUUUCAUGACGGACUUGUUUGUCCAGUUCAUGUCCUGCAGUAAACCGAUUUGCGACGACAAACGGUCUUUAUGGCCGGAGAACAAUGGAGACCAAAUCGAAGUAAUAGAAGCCCCCGGCGUCUUGCGAACCAACAGCAGGUCGAUGAGACAGCUGGAAGUGGUGGACUUCUUCGACAACUUGCCCAGUAGAGUGAACGUGGUUCUGGCCCAGGGCAGGCUGCGAGGGAUCACCAAGGAUGGCUACGUGUCCUACACUGGCAUACCUUAUGCAAGUAUUACAGGCACUUUGGGGAGAUUCAAGAGAGCAGGGAUCGCUCCACUGUGGUCUGAUAUCAGAAACUCCAGGUCGCCGACCUGUUCCUUAGUGUCGGACGCUGAGCACUGUCUUCAACUAGAUGUCCACGUACCGUCUGUCGUGGGCGGGAACUGGCCCGUGCUGGUGUGGGUGACGGGGGGUAGCGGCCCCUACAGCCCCGGCAGAAUGGUGCAGGAGGGCAUCAUCGUGGUCAUUGUGCAUCACAGGUUGGGGCCAUCGGGCUUUUUAUGUUUACGAGACGAGAAUAUUCCUGGUAACGCUGGCGUGAAAGAUGCGGUGUUAGCAUUGCGAUGGGUGCGCGAUAAUAUAGUUGCUUUCAAAGGAAACCCAGCCAAAGUAGUUGUAGCUGGACAAAGCUUCGGUGCCGCCAUGGUGGAAGCCGUACUUCUGUCUAACAUGGCCAGUGGACUAUACCAUGGUGCUAUACUGCAGAGUGGGAGUGCCCUAUGCCCUUGGUCUUUUAACUUUGACUAA